AUGAUGGAAGGGCAUAUACUCUUCUUCUUUUUGGUUGUGGUGGUGCAGUUUGUCACUGGUGUCUUGGCAAAUGGCCUCAUUGUGGUUGUCCAUGCUAUUGACUUGAUCAUGUGGAAGAAAAUGGCCCCAUUGGAUCUGCUUCUAUUUUGCCUGGCGACUUCUCGGAUCAUUCUGCAGUUGUGUAUAUUGUUUGCGCAAUUGUGUCUACUCUGUUUGGUGAAACACACUUUAUUUGAGGACAAUAUUACCUUUGUCUUCAUCAUAAAUGAACUGAGUCUUUGGUUUGCUACAUGGCUUGGUGUUUUCUAUUGUGCCAAGAUUGCUACCAUUCCCCACCCACUCUUUCUGUGGCUGAAGAUGCGGAUAUCCAGGUUGGUACCAUGGCUGAUCCUGGGAUCUGUGCUCUAUGUAAUUAUUACGACUUUCAUCCAUAGCAGAGAGACUUCAGCAAUCCCUAAACAAAUUUUUAUAAACCUUUUUUCUAAAAAUGCAACUCAAGUCGGAACAGGGCAUGCCACACUACUCUCAGUCUUUGUCCUUGGGCUCACACUGCCAUUGUUCAUCUUUACUGUUGCUGUUCUGCUCUUGAUAUUCUCCCUGUGGAAUCAUAGCAGGCAGAUGAGGACUAUGGUAGGCACCAGGGAGCAUAGCGGACAUGCUCACAUCAGUGCAAUGCUGUCCAUUCUAUCAUUCUUCAUCCUCUAUCUCUCCCACUACAUGGUGGCUGUUCUGAUCUCUACUCAAGGCCUCUACCUUGGAAGCAGAACCUUUGAAUUCUGCUUAUUGGUUAUUGGUAUGUACCCCUCAUUACACUCGAUUGUCUUAAUUUUAGGAAAUCCUAAGCUGAAACGAAAUGCAAAAAUAUUCAUUGACCAUUGUAAGUGUAGUCAUUGUGCAAGAGCUUGGGUCACCUCAAGGAACCCAAGACUCAGUGACUUGCCAGUGCCUCCUACUCAUCCCUCAGCCAACAAGACAUCCUGCUCAGAAGCCUGUAUAAUGCCAUCUUAA